AUGAGAUCCACUCCAGAGCUUCCACUCCGUGUGUUGACCCAUAACAUCCGAUAUGCUACUAGCUCUCCCUUCAAGGGGGAAGUUCCCUGGGACCAGCGCAAGCAGCUAUUACUGAACGAGCUCGAGUAUCACACGCGUCAUGUCAGUGAUGCGUUUAUCUGUCUUCAGGAGGUUCUUCAUAGACAGUUGGAAGAUAUCCUGGCGGGACUAAACCCCAAGGCGAAAUCUCCGUCUCCAGAGUGGGCAUACAUUGGAGUCGGUCGAGACGACGGACAUCAGGCUGGCGAAUAUUCACCCAUCUUCUAUCGACCAUCAGUUUGGGAACUCCUAGAUUGGGAGACAGUGUGGCUAUCGAAGACUCCCUCCAAGCCAUCCAAGAGCUGGGAUGCGGCCUCCAUUCGCAUUGUCACCAUCGGCGUUUUCACUCACCUUGCAAGCGGCAAUACGGUCCUCGCUAUGAGUACGCAUCUAGAUGACCAGGGAUCUCGAUCCCGCUUGGAAGCUGCACGAAUAAUUCGAGCGAAGAUCCAGGAGUAUCGAAAGGGCAAGUUUGGGACCUUGAUUGGAGGCACCUUCCUAGCGGGUGAUUUGAACAGUCAGGAAGACCAAGAAGCUUACUCGGACUUCACCGGAUCUGGUGAUAUGCACGAUACCUUCAAACUGGUUGAUGCUUCACGGCGAUAUGGGAAUCAUAAUACCUUCACGGGCUUUGGGUAUGAAAAAGAGCCACCCUCGCGGAUUGACUAUGUCCUCCUCGGUUCCAAAGGCAACCAGACCUGGAAGGUGGACGGUUACUCUGUGAUGGCCAACAGGUUCGAUGAUGGGGUAUUCAAUUCAGACCAUUGUGCGGUUAUUGCUGAUCUUAGACUUGUAGGCUAG